UUUUACUUAAACGUUCCUCCCGGAAUGGUUAUUUCGUAGUACAUGCUGCAAGCUGUUAGUGGGAGGUAAAUAGUGUUCAACAUGGCUGAGACUCACAGCUUGCAGGACAUGAGGCAACAGGCAGCCGUUGUAGCCAAAGUCUUCAUUCAGAGAGAUUACACCAAAGGCACUGUGUGCCAGUUCCAAACCAAGGUCCCCUCUGAGCUGGAGACCCGGAUUGACAAGCAGCAGUUUGAGGAGACGGUGCGGACACUGAAUAACCUGUAUGCUGAAGCGGAGAAACUGGGAAGCCAGUCAUAUAUUGAAGGCUGUCUGGCCUGCCUCACAGCCUACACCGUCUUCCUGUGUAUGGAGACUCACUAUGAGAAGGUUUUGAAGAAGAUUGCAAAGUACAUUCAGGAGCAGAAUGAUAAGAUCUACGCACCACGAGGCCUCCUGCUCACCGAUCCCAUCGAGAGAGGCCUGCGAGUCAUUGAGGUUACUAUCUUUGAAGACAGAAGCCUGACUAGAUAAAAGCUACCACGCAGCUGUUUGGCUGGGCAGAGGUCCAAGUCUGCAGCAGCCCAGCAGCAGUGGCCAGCUCCCUGAGGAACCCCGGACAUCCCCCUAAUACUGCGUCUCUACAAUAUAUCGCUUUCUGCUAAUCAAGUGCAUGUCCCAUUCAGAGUAUAUUUUCCCAUGCAUUAAUUAAGGGCUUGUUACACACAACAAACUCUCUUACACAAUGUAUUGGCAUUUUUUAAACCAUGAGUAAUUAUAACACAUGUUUUAAUGAUUGUCUUGGCUGAAAUCACGAAACUGAGCUCUGGUUAUGUGUGUGAUUUGUUGCACGUGUAGCACCCCACAGUUUGUUUCGUUUAUUCUUAUUCAUGUAUUCUUGCAAGUAUGCUUGGUAGUUUGUCUUCCCUGCAUGUUUACUUUGUAGCAUUUGACCUUAUAGUUAAAUGACCACACUGAACUUUGUAAGUGUGGAUCCAAACAUUCUAGUCAAAUGUAAAAUCCCAAACCUGUGCUGUUUUUUUUAGCAUGUUCUAUUUUUUUUUUAUAAACUGUGCUAUGCAUAGUGUUUGGUGACUACUGUUGAGCUUUGGCACAUGUCUAAUAAGCAUAUUUUCAUAUAUUGUGAAAUUGCCUUUGACCGGAGUAUUAUGAUUGUUCUUGUUAAUU